AAUGCAGUCAUUGAAGCAAUUGAGACACUGGAGGCUGGUUCUGUAUGAGAUCUAACCAGCCAUCAAUUCACACCUCCUGUUGCUAAGUGCUUCCUCGGUGGCUUAUCGAUCAGAGCUGUUGGCAGAGUCACUGACGGCUAUAUAAAGAUUGGAAUAUCCUGAUCAAAUAAAUUUUUUUUGGGACAGCAACCUUCGUCUCUGAUUUCGAUAAUCAAUCUACUCUUCGAUCAGCUUGAUUUCCUUCCAAUAUUUGCGCCGGACGCACUAUCUAAUAUCUACUAUUAUUUACCUGUUCACAUACCAAUUUUUCAACAUCAACUUCUAUCAUAAUCUUCAAAAUGCAGUCUAUCAUCUAUAUUGGUCUUCUCGUUGCCUUGGCGGCUGAAAUUCAUGGGCAUGGUGUGGUUACUCAGAUCCAGGGCGCCAACGGUGUCAAUAUGCCUGGUUUGUCAGUUAUUGAUGGAACUCCUCGUGACUGCGCAUCCCCUGGCUGCGGCGCGGAGGCCGAUACAUCUAUAAUCCGUGAAAAUGAGUUGGGUAGUAACAAAGCAUCAGCCCUAGGUCGAACCAAUGGAGGCGGUCCUGUUGACGCGGCCUCUGCCAUCUCCAUGUUCAUGACGGGCUCGUCUUCCAGCUCUUCGUCUGGCAAGCGUGGACUCUUGGACGGUCUUCUCGGUGGUAACAACAACAACAACGGCGGAUCGAGCGCCGAUGGCACCAGUACCAGAGAUAGCCCCGUUGAAGGCGGCGUCAAGACAGCAGCUGGCACUGGCUCUAAGAGUGGCCUGCCCACCUGCUCUGACAACGGGACUAUCUCCAUGACUUUCCACCAGGUCAACCAAGAUGGUGCCGGCUCUCUUACAGCCAUGAUCGACCCUACUUCCGGCGGCACUGACGCCAGCGCUUUUCAGAAGGCAGAAGUCACCCAAGAUGUACCUGGAAACCGUCUUGGACUCUCUUCCGCCACAACAAUGGAUUUUCCCAUCAAGGUCCAGAUGCCAGAGGGCAUGACCUGUUCUGGAAACGCCGGCGGAGCUAGUAACGUUUGCAUUGUGCGAGUCAAUAACAACGCACUUGCUGGUCCAUUCGGUGGUUCGGCUGCGUUUACUAUGUCUCAUGCGGCCAAGAAACGUGCUGUUGAGUUUAACUUGGCAAAGCGUCAUAUGGCUCGUGGUAUUCUGAAGCGCACUGAGGUUGAUAGUGAAUGAACUACUGAUAUGUCUACGGAGUGUAGCGUUCUCACGAAGAAUGUACAAUUAAAUUGCCUCCGUUGGUUGUGCACGCGAACCCUAGGUUGGGGAGGAUCAAGGCCGAGGAGGGGGGAAAUGGAGCGAGAGGGAGUCAGAUUUAUGCUUUUUUCCUGGCAGAGUACCUUUCAUACCGGAUAAUUCAGAUAGUAU